AUCCACUUUCCUAUGCCACGCGAACGUGAUGGAGCAACACAAAAAUUGGUUGAAUUGGUUUGGGAAGACCCAAACCAACAAAAUAUCAGGUGCACCCUGUGGGCAGAUUUUGUCGACGCAAUAAGGCGUGGGGUAGAAAAGACACCAAACUUUAUGAUUGUCGUGGUUCUAAUGGUUCACCCAAGACUAUACAAAGGAGAUGUGUACAUGACCAAUAGUUACAAUGGAUCAAGGCUAAUUAUCAAUGGCUCAGAUCAAGAGAUCUUGGACUACAAAGAUAGGUUUGACUUGCAUGGAGAUGAGGGCUACAAUGGUCAACCUAUUGUGGUGACAACAGAAGAAGAGGAGCAUGGUUCAAGAGAAGGAGAUUUUGUGACAAUUGAAUCACUGUUUCAAGAAAACUUGAAUGGACGUUUUUGGGUCACUGGAGAAAUUAUUGAUAUUGAAACCGGAGAUGGAUGGUGGUAUUUAGCUUGCAGAGAUUGUGCCAGAAAAGUGGCACCGAGAUGUGGCCGUUUUGAAUGUCUCAAUCCAGCAUGUAAAACCCGACAUGAUGCAGUGAUGAGGUACCACAUUGCAUUUGAGGAAUACCUUGAAAAGAAGAGCGGAAGGAAUUUUGAUCGGGGAAGACGGACCGAGGUUAGAGAGUCGCUCGCAAUUUCGGAUGUAUUGCUGAAACCAAAAAUGAAAGAAACAAAGCGACAGAAACGGUUUCUGUUGCUUGUGGCUCUGUGGAUGUUGAUAGUGUCGCUGGUAGCACAACCAGUGAUGCCCCAUCUCCAUUUGUUGAUGCAUUGAAUUUGGUUUCAAAUACCCCAGUUGAAAGCUCAAUUUGCUGGUGCCAAUGGUAGCACAACCAGUGCUGCCCAAUCUAUUCUUUUUUAUGCCUGGAACGCUAAUGUAGAUUUAUCUCUAGUUGUUAGUGGUCCUGUGGAAGUUGAUGUGGCUGGUGGCACCGGUAGCACAACUGGUGUUGCCCCAUCUGGGAUUUCUGAUGCCUUCAAUGUUAAUUGUGAUACUGUUACAUCUG